AGAAAAAAAAGAAGAAAAAAACUAAAACAAGGAGCACGUCAUUAAGCAUUUUUCAUAGAGGCAUAUGCUUCUUUGGCUUCUUCUAAGGAAACUUGGAUUCGCACCAUAUCUCUUUUCUUCCCAAAUCUCAAUUGUUUGUUUUAUAAAAAAAAUGGAAAUUAAAAUUAUUUUGAUCAAAUGAUGGAAUCAAUGCAGAGCAAAGUAGAGACGUGGAUCAAGGACCAAAGAGCUAAGAUCCUUAAAGUCUCGUGGGGACCGCUACGGUGGCGGAUGAGGUGGCAGUGGCCACCGUGGAACACCGGUGGCAGAGAACACCGUCAGAGGCUCCAACAAGAGUACGAGAGACGGAAGCGACAGCUACAAGAGCUUUGCCGAGCUGUUAAAGUUGAUUCCGUCUCCGAUUUGCAGGACAUUCUUUGUUGCAUGGUGCUCUCUGAGUGUGUUUACAAGAAACCUGCUAGUGAGAUGAUGCGAGCUGUAAACAAAUUUAAAGCUGAUUUUGGAGGACAGGUUGUUUCUCUAGAACGUGUGCAACCUUCUUCAGAUCAUGUUCCGCACAGGUAUCUGUUGGCAGAAGCUGGUGAUACGCUAUUUGCUUCCUUCAUUGGAACCAAACAGUAUAAAGAUGUCAUGGCUGGUGCAAACAUACUGCAAGGUGCUAUAUUUAAUGAGGAUGUUGACCGGAUUGAAGUAACCGAAGCCAACCAAGGUGAAAGACAAAAAGGAAAUGGGGAAAACAAGUCCAUUUCAUUGGGGUCAAAACCUAAGCAGAUUAAAGAUAGGCCUGAACCUGCCGCCCACCGGGGUUUCUUAGCUCGUGCCAAAGGCAUACCUGCUUUGGAGUUGUACAGGCUGGCUCAGAAAAAGAAGCGAAAACUUGUAUUAUGUGGACAUUCACUUGGUGGAGCAGUAGCAGCAUUGGCUACCCUUGCCAUUUUGAGGGUCAUUGCUGAAUCAUCUUCAUCAAAAGAAAGUGAAAAGGUUCAUGUCAAGUGUAUCACAUUUUCCCAGCCUCCAGUAGGAAAUGCAGCCCUAAGAGAUUAUGUUAAUAGAAAAGGUUGGCAACACUAUUUCAAGAGUUACUGCAUUCCUGAAGAUCUUAUACCACGUAUCCUUUCACCUGCUUAUUUUCAUCACUAUAAUGCACAAAGUUCACUUAUGUCCUCUGGUGUGGAAAGUACCAGUUUGUCGACAUCAAAGAAUGAACAAGAUUCACAGAAAGGAAAGACAGAAAAGCUAAAUGAGAAUGAAGGGGAGCAAUUGGUUAUAGGUGUAGGCCCUGUCCAGGGUCCCUUUUGGAGACUUUCAAAACUUGUUCCACUAGAAGGUGUUAGAAGACAAUUUAAAAAAUACAGAGGAAAGCAAGUUGAUCCCAUAGAACCAUCUGCAGCUGACUCUUCAACUGCUUCAAUUGAGGAUGUAGUUGUUGGACCACAGUUUCUUGAAAUUCAAGAGGGCACUGAUGGCAUAUCUCUUAAACCAUUUGCUGACACUGAUAAUGGUGCAUCAGACCCAGGAUCUGGCAAGUUAACAGGAAAAAACAAUGGUAGUGAGGACAACAAUAGAUGGCGUAGGGUGCCUUCCUUACCUUCAUAUGUUCCAUUUGGACAGCUCUAUCUCUUGGGCAAUUCAUCAGUUGAAUCACUCUCAGGUGCAGAGUACUCAAAGUUGACAUCGGUCAGAUCUGUGAUUGUUGAAUUAAAGGAGCGAUUUCAAUCUCAUUCAAUGUAUUCAUAUAGGUCUCGAUUUCAAAGAAUUUAUAACUUGUGCAUGAAUGAUAGUGCUUCAACUUUCUUUGGAAUGGAGCAAGUGCAACAGUUCCCACAUCUGCAACAAUGGCUUGGGUUGUCAGUUGCAGGUGCUGUAGAGCUUGGGCAUAUUGUUGAGUCUCCUAUUAUUCGUACGGCUACUUCCAUUGUGCCUCUUGGUUGGAAUGGUAUUCCUGGCGAGAAGAGUACAGAACAAUUGAAGGUUGAUAUUACUGGAUUCAGGUUGCAUAUGUGCACUCUGGUUCAUGCUCAAGUAAAUGGCAAAUGGUGUUCAACUACCGUGGAAUCAUUUCCUUCGGCACCAGACUACUCAGCUGGGAAUGGGCAACCACCCGAAUUACAAAAAAUAAGAGUCUUAGUAGGAGCUCCCUUGAGGCGACCUCCUAAGCAUCAGACACUAGCUGAUUCUUUGAUGACGAUGUUCCCUUCAAUUAAUUCAGAGACAGUUAAUCUCAAUAAAGAACAUGAUAUGGCAUCAUCUCAUCAAGAAAAAUACGUAAGGCCAGAAGGCUUGAGUGACUUUUUCAUUUUCUGUACUAGUGAUUUUUCAACUGCGUCAAAGGAGGUUCAUGUUAGAACUCGCAGGGUGCGACUUCUUGGUCUGGAGGGUGCUGGUAAAACCUCUCUUUUCAAUGCAAUAUUGGGUAAAGGCAAAUUGACUCAUAUUACCAAUACUGAAAAUCUACAAGUGGAAUCUGAUUUUCAAGAAGGUAUUGCUGGUGGUUUAUGCUAUUGUGAUUCACCUGGUGUAAACUUGCAGGAGCUGGCCAUAGAAGCUUCUCGGUUCAAAGAUGAACUAUGGAGGGGAAUCCGUGACUUUAGUAGAAAGACCGAUUUAAUUGUUCUUGUGCAUAACCUAUCCCAUAGGAUACCUCGAUACAAUCAUCCAGAUUCAUCUGAGCAAUAUCCAGCCCUUUUGCCACUAUUAGAUCAGGCAAAAUCACUUGGAAUACCUUGGGUCCUUGCAAUAACUAACAAAUUUUCUGUUAGUGCACAUCAACAGAGAGCUGCCAUUAAUACAGUUAUUCAGGCAUAUCAAGCAUCUCCAAGUAACACUGAAGUUGUCAAUUCCUGUCCAUACGUGAUGCCUGGUGCUGCUAGUUCUUCAUUGCCUUGGGGUGUAAUGAGUGAAAAUUCUGAUGGGAGAAUGGGUGUUCAGAAGUUUCUAUCUGCUCCAAUUGACCUUGUUCGCCGGCCUUUCCGAAGGAAAGAUACUGUUUUGCCUGUGGAGGGGGUUGAUUCCCUUUGCCAUGUUGUCCACCGUGUUCUUUGGAGCCACGAAGAGGCUUCCCUGGAGGAGCUUGCUAGAGAUAGGCUUUCAUUGGAGUUGGCACGAGAACAUGCUAUGGCAAUAGAUAAGAAAGAUUCUCAAGCCAAGGCGUCAGCUUUGACAUCUGCCGCUGUAGGUGCCUCAUUCGGGGCUGGUGUGGGCGUCGUCUUGGCUCUUGUCAUGGGUGCAGCAUCCGCAUUGAGGAAACCUUGAAGGAACCUCAGGUAUUCAUAAUUCGUUCUCUCAUUAUUAGUUGUAAUAUUCAAAGCAGCAAGCCAAGUCCCCUUUGAUUUGGUCAUCAGGUUCUGCUUUCUUCACUGCUCUAAAUAUGUGUUGAUGGUAGUAUAAUGAAAUCUUAGAUGUCGCUAUCGGGUGACGGCCAAUUUUCCUUUUAGUUCUAUCUAUGUGUAUUUAUCUGAACUUCUUGCUUGUUUUUCGGGUUCAGCUGGUAGUCCACAAUAGAGAAGGCAUUUGUGAUAUUGAGCAGGUGAAAAUGAUUUUUUGAACUCCA